AUGCCUAUGAUUACCAGCGAUGCAACGCAGCAUUCGCCCGCCCAAACUAGACGCCGUGUGUUCCUCCGAGCGGAUAUCUUAGAGAUCUUCGAAGAGUCCUUGAUGUCCAAGACCAGGACCUUCCUGGGUUAUGCCCUGUUUGUGCAGGCGUUUCUCCUCCGAGCUCUCAGCACUCUCAGUAAUGAAUCAGCUGAGACUGUUGACCGUGUUCCUGUCGCAGAGUCUGGCAACAUGGGGAGAAUCCUUAGCCUGAAUAUGUUCUCUGGUGUACUGUGUUUCCCAGGUUGCUUUGGAUCAAACCUUCUCGGGAUAUAG